AUGAAAAGGUAUUUUCGGAUAGAAUUCACAUUACAAGUGACUACUGGCGCCUCCGUGAAGAGGGGCUCUAUUCUUUUCAUGGUGGGGAACCAAUUUAGUUCCUAG